AUGAAUAUGAUUGCAUCAGGCUCAGCGACGGUGAGACCUUUGUCACUUGGCGAUGACAGUUACGAGGCUGUUAUUGAGAGGUAUAGGGCCGAAUGGGGUAGCCUACAGGACUUCCUUCUGAGAAAGGGAGACUGGAUCAGGGACUGGGUUGAGGCACUAUCCAACCUCCCUCAUUGCAAAGCUGUCGGCAUUGACGACGACGUCCGUCCCUGGGGGGCCCUUCGACUCGGUCGCCGCAUUGGCACGUUUCCGAACCGCUUCGUCACUCCCUUCCAGGCCCAGAAGAGACUCUAUAUUCAGUUUGGCGAUCUGAAGACGGGCUGCACCUCUGUCACCCCACGCAUGCUAUCAACGAUCCCUGUGUCUGUAGACACUUUGAAGAAUCGGCUUGCUCCCAUCAAAACCCUGCUACUUGUGGUCAACCCAAACAGCCACCAGAACGCAUUCGAUGAGGAUGUGAAGAAACUAGUUUCCAACACCGACCCGAUCCAGACUAGGAUUCCGAUUGGUGUCCGGAGUUCUGCGGGCUUCCUCCGUCUUUUUCUCACGCUGACCGACUUCACCUUACACUUCAAUCCCCGCGACGAAAGGCAGCAAUUUCCGAGGCUUUCCGAGGAUCUUCGAAUUCCCAGCCUCCAGAGCCUCCGUAUCGAGUUCGUCGACUGCACAAGGGACGAGCUUAUGACGUUGCUAGAGGGGCAUCGCGACACGCUUCGGGAGCUUGUUCUCGAGUCCGUUGAUGUCACUGGAGGGGGGCGAAAGACGUGGUCCUCGCUCCUCGGAAGUCUCCAGCAUAGCCUCAGGUUAGAGGCAAUAGACUUGGGGAAACUGUAUGGUGGAUGGGUUUUAUCUCUGUUCACGCUCCUCGGUAACGUUUUCUCAACCAAGGUUUUGGCGCAAGUGGCCCUGAGGAGAUUGAGGCUAUGCGGUCAGCAUAGAUGGGUUAGAAGAGUCGGAAGCGUUCCCCUGGUCAAGACGAUCUCAUGGUGA